UAAAAACAGAAUUGGGACCAGAGGUACCGAAGUCGGACACACAGGCGACAGCGGGAGGUAACACUCAUCGAGUGGCGAAAGCUCAAUUCGUUUCUUACUACAGCGGGGCAUUUUGUUCUCCGGUUAAACGAGAAGAGGCAUUUUCUUUUGAUCUUCGUCUUUCGAAGUCACGGUAACGAAUUUCGGAUUAGUCUGCAGCGGUACACGCCCGAACCUGUCGGUGAUCUAACAGCUUCCCAGAAUGGAGGCGGCCAGCGGCGUGGCGAGCCGGGUCAACACCCCGGAGGAGUCCGAGGAAACGCCCCUCGAGGAGAACCUGUCGGCCAUCAUCGGGCGCACGGGCUUUUUCCAUCGCGCCCUGUUCUCGUACGAGAUGGUCGCCAUGGUGUGCCUCACGCUGCACAACAUCGUGCAUAGCGCGAGCGCCUCUGACGCGGACCACUGGUGCCGGCUGCCCGACCCGCCCGCGAACACGACGCUCGAGGAGUGGAGGGACGCGAACAUCCCCAGGGAAGAGAACGGUACUAUGAGCCGUUGCCUCGUGUACUCGGUGCCUGUCGGCGAACGCCCGGACGAAAAUGUGACGCGCGUAGCCGUGCCAUGCUCAGCCAGGGUGUUCAAUGUCUCCGCCAACGUAAAACUGUCCAUUAUAAAGCAGUGGGACCUUACCUGCGAGCGCAAGUGGAUGGCCUCUGCGUGCGAGACUGUCUACACAAUAGGCUCCAUCAUAGGACUCAUGUUAUCCGGUCUUUCUGCAGACAGGAUCGGCCGGAAGCCAACGAUCUGCUUUUCGGCCGUGGUACUCGAGGUGGUCGGCAUCUCGCUGAGCAGCGUGGGCAGCGUGUUCCUCUUCACGUGCCACCGUUUCUUGGUGGCGGCCGCCACCCACGCGAUCGUCUACACACAGUACAUCAUGCUGGUCGAGGUGGUGGCGACACAGUGGCGGGCCAUGUACAUGACGUUCGUCAUCUACGGCUACCUCAUUGGCUUCGUCAUCAAAGUCUUCACGCUCGGCGACGACAUAGACUGGCGGAACCAACAGCUCAUCAUCAUGUUGCCCACGACGGCCCUGCUCUGCGGAUUCUUCUUGCUGCCAGAGUCGCCUCGGUGGUCGCUCACAAACCUGCGCGUGGAGGAGGCUGUGCGUGCGGUCGCCUACAUUCUCCGCUGCAACCGGGCAACGCCCGACGCCAUCAAAGCUGUCAUCAGGAAGCUCAGGCUGGAGCCACUGCAGACGCUGCACCGUAGGAUGUCCGCCAAUGAGGAUGCCUCGCAGUACCUAAGCCACCGCAGGACACAGGCACGUGAGCUUGUGUCUCCAGAGAAGAACGUGUGGGAGCUUCUGGUGAUUCUAAUCACCCAGUACCAGUUCUCCAGCCUCACUAUCAGUUUUUGCUGGUUCGCCUGCUCCAUCUCGUUCUAUGGCCUCGCUCUCGAUAUCAAAAUGGGGUCCAUCGACAGUUGGUUCCAGUUCGCGCUAGUGGCCGUGUCGCCCAUGGCCACCUAUGUCUUGGUCGUGUGGCUGGGUCGGAGAGACGUCCUCGCGGUGUCGCUGUACAUCGUCUGCAUUUCCUGCAUCGCCGCCGCAUUCCUGCCCAGAGGUAGCACCAGCGUCCGUUUCGUGAGCCUGUCGAGCGCGUGGUUCUUCUCCAACAUUGCCUACACGGUGCUGUUUGUGUACGCCACCGAGAUCUACCCGACCGUCGUGCGAGCUCUGAGCUUCAACUUCGGCGCUGGCCUCGGCAGGAUCGGGACCAUCAUUGCGCCUUACAUCUACCACGGAGCGGUCAGAGGAGGAAGCGGUUCAAAGUUUGACUCCUACCUGCUUCUUGCGUUCACCUGCGGUCUGAGCGGCUUCUUGGUGGGAAAGUUGCCGGAUACCAAGGAAGUGCACCUGCCCGAGAUGAUCAAGCCCGAAGAGAACCUUUUCGACUUUUCCCCACUUCGACAGCACGCUAGCAGGUCGCGUGGAGGCCUGGGCCUUCAGGACACAAGUUCCAACGCCUCGCUGCUCGUGCCAGCACUUCUCAAGGUAUCUACCAGCAAGCCGACUUCUCCAAUCGCCAGGACGCCAGACCAAAAGUACUCGAGUCGGGUCGUGUCAAAAGCGGCACACCACGGCUCGACCCACCGCCAACGUUCAGUCGAGCCGGCGCCGAAGAAGCUUGCUAGAGCACGUGCGGGUGUUGUGACCGUGGCUCGGCCUUCCGGACGGGAGCUUUCCGUCUCCGAACGGGUUGCUGGAGGUGCCACACAAUCCGCAUCAGCGGGCGCCUCGGCAGCAACCGAAGACGGGAAACCCGCGGAACAACUCGCCGAUGACGCCGAACGGAAACGAGCGUCGCGUGCGACCUCUACCGACGAGGGCUUCGGGGAAGACCGGCCCAACGCAGGGUCACCGAAACGACAGGAAGUGGUUUCUCCUUCGGGGACCAGUGUCGACGCUGAGCCGUCGCCCUCCGAAAGUUCGGGGCAGUGCCGUUCGCCGUCAACUACCGUGGUGGGUCCUGGCGCCACCUCACAUCCCAAGGAGGGUCCUCACCUCGGGCUCCCCGAACCGCCAUCGUCAACGUCGCCUGUCGCCGCAGCAUCGACCGCCGUUGUCAAGGAGGCGAUGGAACGUGGGUCAGCCACGCCGCACCAUCCCUCGGCGCUGAGGGACUCCAUUCCGGCCGAGGUCGUUUCUCCUACGCUUCGCAGAGCGGACGCUCAGACGCGGAGCCCCCCGCGAGCCGUGGCCACAAGACCCUCCGGCGGUGUCCCUCGCUACUCCUCGCCCUCGCCAUCGCCUCGCGCGAGGCGUCACAACUCGCCCCCAACAACGCCGAACUUGGGCGUCGGCGGCGUGGCGUCGAGUGCGGAAGCCCCACAGGCUCCCGAGCGUCCGGGAGAACGAGACGAAGUCGGUGCUCGUGCGGUGCAGGCGACGUCGCUACGUGCGGUCGCGCCUGAGAAAAAGGCCGGUACACUGCGGUCGCCGCGGCGUUCGGUGGAAGGUGCAGGGAGCAGUGCGUCGGCGAGGUCAGAGAACAUCGACGGAAGGCGGGCUUCGCCACUCAGAAGAGACGCAAAGGACGUUGCCAGCCCGAAGAUGAAGAGGAACAAGCUCUUUAAGCACCGCCAGCCACGUGCAGAUCGUGUUAAAGACCAUCGCUAAAAAAUUUAAUUGCGCGCUUUUCGUGUUCAUUUUUGUUGGAUAAUACUCCUCCUGUGCAGACUGCGUGGUUGAGAACUUCCAGCUCGUACGCCUGGUGCGCAACUCGCACUUCGUAUUUAUGACUUGAACCUUCAGGGAACGAGUGGGAGUAUUUCGCCACGUGGUGGAGCAGAAAUUCCUUUUUCGUUGCUUUCUUUGUUGCUUCCAUCGGAAGUAAGGUAUCAACAGGUAAAAACAAUUGGCGAACUGCUGAGUGCCUCUGAAUUGCAGAACGAUGACGCUAGAUAUUCCUUAAGCGUAUUUGACCCUUACGUUCUGUAGUUCUUGGCCGCCUUGUCGCCAAUUAACGAUUUCAUAAUUCUGGCGGACUGAAUUGCGUCGUUUUAAUACUGUACUUGCCAUUAUACUGAAGCGAAUUGUGUUGGUGUUCUAUGCCCAACGCUUUCUCGCGUGCUACACUUGUUGCAAAGCUUUCAUAAGUAAUAUAAAACGUUCAUUGUGAUCAUGCUAGCUGAACGCAAAGCUAGCGAUUUGUU